UGUUCGUCUCCAUGAAAACUCAAACAUCCGGUUUAUAAAAAAAUAUUGGUGCCCGAAAAUAGAAAAGUGUUUAGAUAUUCUAAACUGCGAAUUAUGUAGCUAUUUUUAAGUGUCUGGUAUUGUUCUUAAUAUAAGAAAACGUAAAUUAGUCUGUAGCAACAAUGUCUAGAGCUGCAGUAUCUAAAUCUCGAGCUGACAAGGGCUCAAAACCAGCUCCAGCCCACACUCCAGUCGUUGCUCAUGAAAUUGUACCAGGAAAAUUCAAUGAUCAGGAUUGGACCUGGAUGUUGGAUAAAGAUGGAGCUGAAGACUUCAUUGAGGAUAUUGUGGAAGAAAUUGUUGAUACAUCACUAGAUAAAAUAUAUAAACUAUACUUAGAUAGACAGUUAUUGCCAUUCACUGUUACCAUGGCAAAGGAUGCUAUCCUUCAAGUUAUAGAGUGGCAAUUUUUAUCAAGAGAUGAAGGAGAGACAGAACUUGAAUCCACGGGAGAAGGAUGGAUAGAGGAUGAAGAACCAGAUGCAGCUACAACGGACUGCUGGGCACAAGGGUCUGUACCUAAAAAUAUCAUACCUAGACGCCCAAUUUCACCUGUGGCAGAGGAGUUUGAUGAACAUCCAGACGUCAUUGACGAGGAACCACCAUCUCUGGAUGAAGAAACCACUAAAGUAACAGAAGAACCGGAAGAACUUGAAGAUAAAGUAUCAGAUGAUGAAAGACCAGAAGAAGAAGAAAAGAAGACAGAAACAGUACAGGAAACAAAACAGAAAAAGAAGACAAAAUUCAAGCCAUAUACAGGACGUCUCAAGUCAGCAAGUGUUAGUCAGAUGACCACGUCAUUAGAUGAUAGUGAAAUGAACAUGGUUGCCGCUCAGUUGAAAGCCUCUUUUCAAGGUCAACAGGAAAAUCUUAGUGGUCUUGUCAAUAUGCCAGCGUCAUGUCAUUCAAUAUUGAAAGUGCAAGCUGGACGACCACCAGGGAACAAGGAUGUUCUGUAUGAUGACAGGGGGAAUGUUGUGGCUGUUGUCAAAUUAAAUCCUGACAGAUUACCCUCACAUAGAAUAAAAGUAAACUAUCAAGUAGUAGAUCCCUCUGUAGAAGCUGCCAAGAACAGACUAGAUGCCAUGAAACAUGGAAGAUAUUCUAUACAGAGAAUGAAGAAGAAGAAAUCAGAAACAAGAUCAUCCAUAGAUACAUCAACAGAAGUUAUGCCUAAAGAAACCAAAACACCACUGCCACCACCAUUGAUUGAGGCUAUGGAAUUAGCACCAGGUGUCACUGUGAAAGAAGGAGACAGAACAAGAAGAGGUCCAGUAAGGUAUGUGAGAAAGGCUGAUUUAUUUGCUGCCAGCCAGAAGAACUUGAAUCCAGUGAAUCCAAAUACAAAAGGACCAACAUUGAAUGUUGUGGACCUUCUUGAUAGACACACUCCGAUAUUGAGACCAAUGAGAGACUCUCCGCCCCUUCCCCCUAUUAUACCACACCCUCCAAAUCAAGCUAGAAUAACCACGUGAAAAAAUUUGUACAGUAUUAUAUUAUUGAUAUUUAUAUAGUCAGAUAUAUGAUCCCAGCUCCCAUAUAAAAGCAAAAUCAAUGAAUUCUUUCUCUCUAUGAAAACAUAUUGUGAAACCUCUGUUUAAGUUUCAAUUCUGUGAUACUUCUAGUUGACUUUUAUAAAUUCUUUUUGUAUGAAUGCAUAUUUACUUGUAUACAGCCAGGAUUCAGCAUAAUGUAACAUUGGUAGCAUGAACACAUAAGGUUGCUUUUAUUUUCAAAAUAUUAUGUUGUUGAAAUUUCUGAAUGUAGAAAAUUAGUGAAAGAACUAUUAAAGUUGUUUGCAUCAGUCCAAAUGUUAAUAUUUAUACAAAUUUGUUUGUAACAUCUUUCUAUGUUAAUAUAAAGAUAAGAAGUUAAGACUUUUGUGAAGUUUUACUUGUUAUUGAAGGUGUCUGAUGACAUUGAAUGAUACAUAUAUGUUAAAAGAUAGACCUGUUUAAUUUUCUGUAAGAAAACUAUUGUAAAUCAGAAAUGUGUUUGUAGAAGUCAGUUUCAUCAAUGCUUAAUAAGCAUUCAUGUAAAACAGAAUUAAAAUAUUGUAUUACAUUGAAGCUUAGAAUUCAUUUAUGAAAAAGAUUGAUCUAAUCACAUUAGGGAUUACAAGGGUUGUGUCCCUUAACAUUGGUCUACCAACUAAUAUAUUUUAGUAGUCAGAUUAAUAUACUUAAGUGCUGAAAUUGAAUGACUAUAGGUAAGACCAUGAGCAUGGAAUAAUUAUUGUGUUGUGUGCUUUUUUUAAGAAUAAAUUGUUAUGAGCAUUUUAUACAAUUAUAUUUAAUUGUGAAUAUUUGAUUAUUAAACCUACAAAUGUCAA